GAUUUUAUGGCAAAGCAAAUAACCGAUAUGGCGGAUCCAACCUCAUGACUCCACCAAGCCACGUCGCGGCGAGGAUCGCGGCAAGGCUGCAGUUUGAAAUUUGGCUGACUAGAGCCACACGAUGCGCCCGUCGCCGACCUCCGCCACAGCAUCGUCUAGCCAAGAGGUCCUCGUCGUAGAUCAGCUCGUUCACGCCGACGACUGGGUCUGCGACUACGAGCGGUCCAUGUGCCACGUGUGCACGCGCAACUUUAGCACGUUUCGCCGAAAGCACCACUGCCGCAUGUGCGGCGAAGUCGUGUGCCGCAACUGCACGCUGCACAAGAACGUCAACAUUAUUUCGAUCGGGACGACCAAAGUCCGCGUGUGCCUGUCGUGCAUUGUCAUGGUCAGCAGCGCACAGAAACUUGGAUCCCCCCUCGCGUCCGCCACAAACGCCAGUACAAUGAUCACGGACGAUGCGUCGCGCAACUGGUUGUCGAGCCACCUCACGUCGCCCGCCGCUCGGUCUGAAACAGAGUAUUACGAUUACGCGUCGGCCAACCAGCUCGACUACGAGCUCGACUACAGCUGGGAGAACCCGUGGCCUCGCGCGCCGAUUCCCCUUGACGAGUCGGACCGCUUACGUGCGCUGGCCAACCUACGCAUCUUGGACACGCCCCCGUCGUCUGUAUUUGACAACAUCUGCGACCUCGUUAGCAAGCGCCUCAACUGCCCCAUGGCGGCGGUGAGUUUUAUUGACACCGACCGCCAGUGGUUCAAAGCAAGCGUUGGUCUCGCGCAAACGUCGAUCCCGCGCAAUGUCGCGUUCUGCGCCCACGCCAUUGUGUCCAAGGAACCACUGGUGGUGCUGGACACCGCCGUGGACGUUCGCUUCUGCCACAACCCGCUCGUGACCGGUGCCGCGUCCGUCCGAUUCUAUGCGUCGGCCCCCAUCUGUGACGCUCGCACCGGUCUCGUUGUCGGCACCGUAUUCGUCCUCGACACGGCGCCACGGGAGACUUGCGAUGCGUCCGUCCUGGAGAAGCUCGCCAACGUCGCGAUGGAGCACUUGAUCAUCAAAGAAGAUCGUGUCGAAAAGUACGCGGCACGACGAAGCAGCAGCGACGAUACGCGCAGCACGCGCGGGAGCAGCAUCAGCACCGACAGCGUACGCACGGCAAUGUCCACCAACUCGCCGCCCCCCAAGGCACCGCUCCACCCAUCAAAUCACCAGUUGGUGCUGGCCGAGAGCAACCAAGACACCAACAGCACCAUGGACAUGGUUGGAACGCACAACCAAAACAACAACCUGGAGAGCCUCCUCAUGAACCUCCUCAGUCAAACGACGCUGACCCAGCAACAGCUCGCAACGCAGCAGAUCUCCAUGUCGCAAACUCUCGGCGUCCACUCGGAGCAGAUCGAGAAGCUCACGUGCGACUUGGCCCGCAUGGAAGCCAAGAUCGACGCUCAGCUCAUGCGCCAUUAAACGUCCUCCUUCACAGUGUAAUUUGAACUCGUAUUUAUCAUCUCUGC